AUUGAGGGUGCGGAGCCAGUCGGCACCUGGUGGUAAUCAGAAAAAGUGAAAGCGCUGGGUUGUGAAGAAGAGCGCAUGCUAACUCCUGUGAAUUGCUUUAGGCUGGACUUUGGAGGAGGUGACGGUGCGCUUGGUCGACGGUCGGGCGGGUGAGUGGGAAGGAUCGGAGGACCGGGUCGUCGAUGUAUUUGCAGGAAGUUGUUUGAUGGUUUUACUUCGGUAGAAGUUUUGAAGAGCUUUGCGGUGGAGUGGUGGCAAUUGGGUGAUAGGGUGAAGUGACCUGUUUCUGUAAACAGAUCAAUUAGUUCGUUGUGUCGAUCGUCUAUGUUCUUCAAAGGGAAAGCUGGGUAGGGCUGCGCAAGGAGUGGUUCAGGGAUUUGUGAAGCAGUGCGUCGGAGAUUAUUGUUGGUAGUCUUUCACGUAGUGCUGAGCUAGAGGUGGAUGCGUCUUUGUGGUUUCGGUGCUUCCGGCGAGCAGUUGGCGAGCUAGAGGGAAUCGAAAAUUGCAGUCGUAGAAGGAGUGCGGUAAAAGGAGGACACAAUGAUGUCCGCUGUGACGUAUAUGUGGUCACUCAUGGGGAUGAUGACGCUCAUACAGCGUUUUCUCCCACAAGAGUUCACCAAUUACCUGAAACACCACGUGAAAAAAGUGUUGAGGAAGUUCUGGAAGAAGGACAAGUACUGCCGAUUCCACUUCAACGAAUUGGACAGCAAGAGACGCACCAACCAUCUCUACCGUGUUGUGGAGAUGCACUUGCGAGCGAGGCAAAUCGUCAAGGGAGCCAACGAUUUGCGCCUCUCGCAGGAAGAGAAUGCUACGAAAAUCAGCUACACACUCGCAAGUGAUGAGACUAUAUUGGAUCAGUACGAAGGGGUGCAACUGUGGUGGACGUUCACCGCGGAGAAAUCGAAGAGCGAGAAUGGGGGCGAAAGAGAGGAGAAGAAGUACACUCUGAAGAUGCUGAAAACGGACAAGCCAUUCGUGAUGGCAACCUACAUGGACUACGUUGCAAAGAGUGCGAAAGAAUACAAGCGUCAGAUGCGCGAGUUGAACCUCUACAGCUGCAGCGGUGAUCGCUGGAAGUCCCACACAUUCAAGCAUCCCUCGACCUUCGACACGUUGGCCAUGGAUCCGGAUUCUAAGCAGCGGAUCCUGGCGGACCUCAAAGCAUUCAUGGAAGGGGAAGCGUACUUCAAGAAGGUUGGACGGCCGUGGAAGAGAGGGUAUCUCCUGUAUGGCCCUCCAGGCACAGGCAAGAGCUCUUUGAUUGCGGCUGUGGCAAAUAAAUUGAAAUAUAACAUCUAUGACCUCGAGCUCACACAGGUGCACGACAACGCCCAGCUGAAGAUGCUGCUGACAAACACGACGAGCAAGUCGAUCAUCGUCAUCGAAGACAUAGACUGCUCACUCGACCUAACUGGCACACGAGCGAACAAAAUGAAUCGGGAGAAGACUAAGAUGGGGUCAGAGAGACCAGCACAAGACGGAGGUAGCAAGGUUACGUUGUCGGGACUAUUGAAUUUCACCGAUGGACUGUGGUCGUGCUGUGGGAUGGAGCGGAUCAUCAUCUUCACUACGAACCACAUCGACAAGCUGGACCCGGGACUGCUGCGACCAGGUCGCAUGGACAUGCACAUUAACAUGUCAUACUGCAACUUCGAAAUCUUCAAAGUUCUUGCCAUGAACUACUUGGCUGUGUCGAAUGAUCCGUUGUUUGAGGAGGUGGAGAAGUUGUUGCAGGAUGAAAGUCUGAAAAUAACCCCAGCUGAAGUCACUGAAAUUUUCUUCCAGCACAAGAAUAACAACAAUCUAGCUCUGCACACAUUGGUGGAGGAUAUGGUGAGGAGGACGGCGGGAGGGGAUCCAGUGCUGCUGGACAAGGCAGACGCAAUUGAGGGCAACGUCGAUUUGGACUGUGAGAUAACACCAGAGACCAACUGAGUGUGUUGAGAUGCGUAGGAAGAGACUGAGUGCAGGUAAUGCAAACGCCUGCAGAGUUUAACUGUCCCAGAGAUAAUGGCAAAUUGUACUGGUGUGAGUUCCAUCGAAUUUAGUUACUCGCAAUCUAGGUUCGUUGCCAUGAGAACAAGUAGUAAAAAAUCUCCUGACAUUAAAGAGGUUGACAACACAGUGUGGAGUGUAUUUCCCUCCCAAUUUUCAGCACUUCAUCGAAAACGUGAAUAGUCAUAAAAAACAAAAUUUUGGACAGUUUGAUCAAAUAAUUUUGCGUUAAUUUAGA